CAACAUUCCUUUGUACAGAUCUGAAAUUCCCUUUUCUACUUUGGUAAACUACGAGUUCACUUUUGUUACCUUCCCAGUCUCGUUAUUUCAUUGCCUAUUGCGCUCGAAUUACCGACGUCAACUACGAGUUCCGUGGUGAUUCGCAGUUUGAAGGGUUCAUUGAAUCACCCCGCGAUGAUUGCUUGAUAAUAAGAAUAUCAGCGAAUCCUACGGAAAUCACCCACCACAAGACCCCACGAAGCUCCCUCCCCUCUCACGCAUUUGUAUAUAUGAAGUCUGCUUGAUUCUACAGCAUCUACACUUGCGCCAGCCCUUAAAAAGGCCCCAAAUAGCCUACCCAUUCCAUAGGACCUAUACUACAAGGUCCGAGAGACAGCUUCGCAGCCAUGGUAGCCCAUGUUGUGGUGACGGAUACUGGGCUUCAACGGUAUCAGAUCAAGGUGGUCCCUGAGACACCCAUGAGCGAUGUCCGAAACCAGGCUUGUACAAGGUCCAAGUUCGACCCCAGCAACUACGGGUUGAAGCAUAAUAACAAGCCAGUUGACCUCUCACGAACAUUCCGACAAUCAGGCCUCUCCUCCGGUGCAAAACUCGAGCUCGUCGUUGCCUCAAAGUCCCCAUCGGCCGUGGCAGUAGCAUUACAACUCCCCGAUGGGACUCGCCACACGGAUCGAUUCCCAAGUAACACCACCCUAUGGCUUAUAUUGAGGAAAUUCGAGGCGAGCGAUACCAAAAACCUCAACUUCACGGCCAGGAGCAUAGCCGAUACGGCGGCGCGCUCGAGCGGCAAGAUCCUCUAUGAGAUGCCAGUUCUGAAUGUUAUGAAUAGGGAGUUUGGUACCUUUGUGGACUUGCAGAAGACUCUGUCACAGAUAGGGAUUAGCAGCGGAUCGAUUUUAUUACGUUUAAGCUACCGACAGACGGAGACGCCGUUGGAGGUAGCUACGGCAGAGAUAGGCCAGUACUUUAAGGAAGUCGAGGAAGCUGCCCAGAAUACUGGGGCGACACCUUCAACGGAAACAGCUACUCCUGCUGAGGAUGGUACAAUAACCGAUCAAAUCGCCAAAGUGCAAGAACCUGGCCCGCAAACACCGUCAUCGCAGACGUCGAGUUCGGUGUCAGGCGUGGCAAAACCAGCGGAGACCUCAGUGCCUGAUGAGGGUGUUGCUGGGCCAGGACAGCGUAUGAUUUCGGUCUUCUCCGCUCCUACGUCAACCGUCCCCCGAGCAGCUCAACAGGAGUUCAACGACUCCGACUACGAGCCCAGCGUUGCUGAUGCCAAGUUGCACCAGUCUCGCCUCUUGAAUAGGACACAGAACAAAAGGCUACUAUCGGAUGCAGAGCAGGAAGCUCUACAACGAGAGAAGGAGGCAAAGAAGUCUUCGGUUGUGGAAACAAGGGUUAAAGUCCGAUUCCCUGAUCAAACAACUGUCCAGUUCCCCGUCAAUGCUACGGAAACGGGGGCAACGAUGCUCGAGUUUGUUAGGGGUCUCAUCGUGGCAGGGGACCAGCCAUUCUCGUUGAUAUACAAGGACUCGAAAGGCCAGAUCCAUAGUGUGCCUGAUAGCAGCACAGUGCGUCUGAUCAAGGACCUGGGGUUUGAGGGGCCGACACUGGUUACAUUUACUUGGAAGGAUGAGGCGGGCGAGGUUGCGAGGAAGUGGCCGAUACUCCAGCAGAAGUAUGCUACGCAAGCAAAGCCUGUGCAAGUACCAGAAAUCCCGAAGGCACAGGGGGGUGGAGGCGGCGCUGCUCCAAAGCCGAAGGAGAAGAAGGCCGGUAGUGGGAAGUCUACGGAAGAGAAGCUCAAGGGCUUCCUCAAGGGGUUGAGCAAGAAGUAAGCUGUCAGUCUGUCGAUGCUGGCAUGAUACACGGCGCUUUGAGGGAAUUGCAUUGGUAUUAGUCAAGAGGCUCAUAGCGAGGCGUUUCAGAGGUAUAUAAUUUUAGUAUGAGUUUAAAUGUCACAAAUUCACUUGAAGCGUCAG